UAUUUCGGCUUGCUUGCACACACGGGCAUAAAUAUCUGGCAGGUUAUGACACAAAGUAUAAGUUAGGACUCAUGCUCGUUAGGCUGGCACACUUGCGUACCCGGGUCGUCUUACGCCAUGCACGUAGGCAUAGGUUGAGCAUUUCAGCGUGAUCGCAUCACACGACUCCCGCAGCUUCUCCCGCCUCAGUCGCAGCCAUGACUGUGUUUCGCGAGCCCGAAUCCCCCGCAUCGCCGUCCUCGUCAUCCGCGGCCCCGCGAGCGCGGCGGAGGCAGCUGCUGCCUCGCCCGGUGCUCGAUGCCGUCGCCGGCGCCGUGUCGGGCGGAGUGGCGCGCGUGGUGGUGUCGCCGCUGGACGUCAUCAAGAUCCGAUUCCAGGUGCAGCUGGAGCCCAUCCACACGCCCCAUGCCGCCGGCCCCGCAGCGUCGCUCGCAGGCGCUGGGCGCGCGGCCGCGAUGGCGGCAGCGGGCGCAGCGCGGGCGUCGAAGUCGAAAUACACGGGGCUGGUGCAGGCCGCGCGGGAGAUACUAAGGGAGGAGGGCGUGCAGGGUUUCUGGCGGGGCACGGUGCCGGGGCUGCUGCUGGUCAUGCCCUACACCGCCAUCCAGUUCGUCGUCAUCCACCGCUUUAAAUCGCUCAUGACUGGCUCGCACCGCACAGAGGACCACAAGCAGCUGCGGCCCGAGCUGUCGUUCGUGGGCGGGUCGGUGGCGGGGAUCGCAGCCACGGUGGGGUCGUACCCCUUCGACCUGCUCAGAACUGUGCUGGCGUCUCAAGGGGAGCCCAAGGUGUAUUCAGGCAUGAGGGCGGCGUGCGCGGGCAUAGUGAGGGAGCGCGGGGUGCGGGGGCUGUUUGCGGGGCUGGCGCCCACCAUCGUGGAGAUCAUCCCCUAUGCGGGGCUGCAGUUCGGCCUCUACGACGGCUUCAAGCGCCAACUCGCUCACUACAACUGGUCACGCUCCAAGGCUUACCACGACCUGCCAGUGUCUCUCGCCCACUCCACUCACCCUCCAUCUCCAUCCCCACCCUCCACAGCACCAUCGCUAUCUCAACCACCAUCACCAUCACCAUCAUCGUCAGCAGCAUCACCAGUGUUGCCUGCUGCCGUUGAGCGGCGGGUGAGCUCUACCCCCUCCCCAGGCCACCUGACCCCAUGGCAGCAGUUCCUGUGCGGCCUGGCUGCUGGCACCCUCGCCAAGGUGGCAUGCCACCCCCUCGAUGUCGUCAAGAAGAGGUUCCAAGUGGAGGGGUUGCUGCGCCACCCUCGCUACGGAGCCCGCAUCCAGCCGAGGGCGUACAGGGGCAUGAUAGAUGCGAUACGCAAGAUCGUGGCCACGGAGGGUGUAGAGGGCCUGUACAAAGGCGCAUUGCCUUCGGUCAUCAAAGCCGCCCCGUCUGCUGCCAUCACCUUCUUUGUCUAUGAGCUCGUCUCCAAGUUUCUUGAGGAGAUAUCUGCCAAGGAAAUGUAAACACGGUUGGCACAAUACCAGUCCCAGGUUCAGUUAUCGUAAAGCUCUGUCUGGCUAGAGCAUCCCUGGAAAUAAGUACGCCCUGAGGAGGGUUGACCAGGUGAGUAUGCCCAACACUCAGAAAUUCAGCCCCAUUCUAACAUCCCAAGAUACAUGUAUACUAUCAUAAACACCCAAGAAAAAUUUCCGGCUAAGGGCAGAAUCAGGGGGUGUU